UAAAAUCUCCAGGCGUUCAACAACGAGUCAAGUGACAAACUCUCUUUUCUUUCUGUACUGUCGUGGCUCUACGAAACUGAGCCAUGGGUCGUGUCAUCCGUGCACAGCGUAAAGGAGCUGGAUCCGUUUUCCGCUCCCACACCAAGAAAAGGAAGGGAGCACCCAAACUCCGAUCUCUCGACUUCUCCGAGAGGCAUGGGUAUACCAAGGGUGUCGUGAGGGAGAUCAUCCAUGAUCCAGGCAGGGGUGCACCUUUGGCUGUCGUUCACUUCCGUGACCCUUACAAGUUCAAGACACGAAAAGAACUUUUCAUUGCUCCCGAGGGAAUGUUCACUGGUCAAUUUGUAUACUGUGGAAAGAAGGCCCAUUUGAACAUUGGUAAUGUUAUGCCUGUUGGACAAAUGCCAGAGGGUACAAUUGUUUGUAAUUUGGAAGAAAAGACUGGUGACAGGGGUCGAUUGGCCAGAGCAUCAGGACUGUAUGCCACAGUUAUCUCUCACAAUCCUGACUCAAAGAAGACCAGGGUAAAGCUUCCCUCUGGAGCCAAAAAAAUCAUACCAUCUGCCAACAGAGGUAUGGUUGGCAUUGUUGCUGGGGGUGGACGUAUUGACAAACCCAUCUUGAAGGCUGGACGUGCCUACCACAAAUACAGAGUCAAGCGCAAUUGCUGGCCUAAGGUGCGUGGUGUUGCUAUGAACCCUGUUGAGCAUCCUCAUGGUGGUGGUAACCAUCAACAUAUUGGUAAAGCCUCCACAGUCAAGAGAGGUACCAGCGCUGGUCGUAAGAUUGGUCUUAUUGCUGCCAGGAGAACUGGUAGGAUCAGAGGAGGCAAGACCGACACAAAGAAGGAUGCUUAGAUUAAUCACUAAACAUCAUUUGGCUUUUAUUAUAAUAAAAAAAUAAAAAAUUACUAAAAAAAUUCUUAAAUACAGCCUUAUUUAUUAUAUG